CUGAGCCACUUGGCAGGCUUUCAGGCAUCUGAAAGACUUUCUGGGAAACCCACUUUCCUGAGAAAAACCGCAGGUGGGAGCGGUUUCCUCGGCACAGAAGGGCAGGGCUGACCACUGCCAGCCCACCUUCCUGCAGCCGGGCUAACAGGGGCACGGCGGAGCGGCGCGCACCAAGCGGGCAGUUCAACGCAACUCCCCAGAAAUGGACAACCCUCAGUAUUCUGCUCCUUAGAAACGAAUUGGACAGCUGGGCUCAGAAGAGGAGCGAUGGAGGACGCGGGGCGGGCAUUAGCGCAGCCCUGCCCACAGCCCUGCCCGUCGCGGGGCCGGGGCGCUCGGUGGGGCGGAGCGGAGCGGGCGCGGUUCUCCCGGAGGCUGCUGCCGUGCCGGUAGGGCUGCCUGAGCCGCCCCGACCCCGCCGGCUGCCUCUAACUUUCCCGGAGAAGGAUGGCCUCCAAUUUCAACGACAUCGUGAAGCAGGGCUACGUGCGCAUCCGGAGCAGGCGGCUGGGGAUUUACCAGAGAUGCUGGUUAGUAUUCAAAAAAGCUUCAAGCAAAGGGCCAAAGAGGCUGGAGAAAUUCUCAGAUGAACGAGCUGCUUACUUCAGAUGCUAUCACAAGGUUGGUCUUCUAAAUGUCCUGCCUGUCACAGAGCUCAAUAAUGUGAAGAAUAUAUCACGGAUGCCAAAAAGCACAAAGAAGCAUGCUGUUGGGAUCUACUUUAACGAUGACACCUCUAAAACUUUUGCUUGUGAGUCAGACUUUCUGGGCAUUUAUACAGAACUUGAGGCAGAUGAGUGGUGCAAGGUAUUGCAGAUGGAGUGUCUUGGGACAAGAAUUAAUGACAUUAGCCUUGGAGAGCCUGACUUGUUGGCAUCAGGAGUGGAGAGGGAGCAGAAUGAGAGAUUCAAUGUGUAUUUGAUGCCAUCCCCUAACUUAGAUGUGCAUGGGGAAUGUACCUUGCAGAUAACAUUUGAGAAUAUCUGUCUUUGGGACAUCCAGAAUCCCAGAGUCAAACUCGUCUCUUGGCCAUUAAGUGCCCUCCGACGCUACGGACGGGACCCUUCUUGGUUCACCUUUGAAGCAGGGAGGAUGUGCGACACAGGAGAAGGACUGUUCAUCUUUCAGACACGAGAUGGGGAAGCAAUCUAUCAGAAGGUUCACUCGGCUGCUCUGGCCAUAGCAGAACAACACGAGCGCCUGCUGCAGAGCGUGAAAAAUUCAAUGCUACUUGAGUUAGACCUCCCUGCAGAGGCAGCAGUGCUGGCGCAGGAGCAGGGCAGCACGAAGCUUCAGAUGAAGAUGACCGAGCGAGCCGUGUCCCUCAGCACCAUGGUGCCCCUGCCCCGCAGUGCCUACUGGCAGCACAUCACACGGCAGCACAGCACCGGCCAGCUCUACGGCCUGCAAGAUGUCUCAAGCCCUGUGAAGCUCCAUCGGACAGACACGUUUCCAGUCUACAGAUCAGAUCAUCGAUAAAGGGCUGCCAAGAACUUUACAAACUCUUUGUCUUCUGAUGUGCUGCCCUGGUACCGGGAUGACACGGAUGAUGCAAAGCGAGGAUAGAAACACUGAGAAGUGUGGGCUGGAUGGGAAGUUACUGCAAUACAAAGGUGGCGUGUCGUCUUUUGUUUUGUUUUUCUUUCCAACUUUGCCAAAAGUUAAAAUGAUUCUGUAGAAACUGGGGGUGGGAACAAAACCAUCUCACCCUGCAGUGGUUCUUUUCUAUCCUACAGCUGGACAGACAAGUUGCUCCCUAAAUAUUUCCAAAUGUUUUUGUAUGAUACCUAUGUUGUAAAUAGAAGACUUUCCUGUUGUAGUGUGGUUUCAUCCUGUCCGUUACAGCUGUCAUCCUUGUUUGUAAUGCUUAUCUUCAGUUCUUGACGUGACUGUUCAGCAUAACCCCCGACCUUUGAAAUAGUGGCCAGUUUUAAGCAGCUGUUGGAUUUCAAUCUUUUCCUGUUUGAACCCCGAUGGAGACUUGGUUUGUUUCUAUUAAAAGCUCACUCUCUGUU